CGGGACUCCAAGGCCCACCUGUGGAGUGGGUCUGAGAUUCCCAGGCUGUGCUCUCGGUCAAGUUGUCUAUUGUUAUCAAAUGUGGGCUGGGCGGCGGCAUCUGUGACUUCAUCCCGUGGUGGCUGGAGCCUGGGAUAAAAGUCACGGUUGUCCCAAAGGUACAGCCAGACUCCGCCCCGGGGAGCUGUUGUGCUUGCAUUGCUGGGUUGCUGAUAGACUGAUUGGUGGCGUGUACUUUUGUCACAAGAAUCAUAACCGCAAUGACAGCCACACAGCGUGGACCUAGAGUGUUGCUCAACUCUGGACAAGACAUGGUUGUAGGCAGACAUGCUUCCUGCUUGCUGGGCUUAGAGCACGGAUGCUAAGGACAGACACGAAGGGCUUGGGAAAGGCAUGAAGAUGCAUGGAGUCCAGAAGAGAGAAUAAGAAAAGCAAGCAUUUUGUUUUGGGUGGGAUUGCUUUGUCGUUUUAAGAGACAUUUCGUGAUCCACGGUUGCGCUCCCGUGAAGAGCGAGUCUAGAGGAGGAAUCGGAAGCGGCGGCGGCGAGCUCGACUCAGGUUGAUUUAGAAUACGGGUGACAGUGGCCUGGCGCGAGCCCAUUGCUGACGAAAGCGGCUUAUCCCGCGCGGUUUCCAUGGAGACGAGCUGGAGCCGCGGCGGCGGCGGGGCUGUCAGCGAGCGCGGCGGAGCUGGCGCGUCCGUGGGGGUCUGCAGGAGGAAGGCGGAGGCCGGGGCCGGGACCCUCGCGGCAGACAUGGACUUGCAUUGUGACUGUGCAGCCGAAACGCCGGCAGCCGAGCCGCCGUCGGGGAAGAUUAAUAAAGCUGCCUUCAAAUUAUUCAAGAAGAGGAAAUCGGGUGGCACCAUGCCCAGCAUUUUUGGGGUCAAAAACAAAGGGGACGGGAAAGGCUCGGGUCCGACGGGGCUGGUGAGGAGCAGGACCCACGACGGGCUCGCCGAGGUGCUGGUGCUGGAGAGCGGCAGGAAGGAGGAGCCGCGCGGCGGGGGCGACAGCGGCGGGGGCGGCGGGGGGCGGCCGAACCCGGGGCCCCCAAGAGCCGCGGGCCCCGGCGGGGGAUCCCUCGCCAGCAGCUCGGUGGCCAAGUCGCACAGCUUCUUCUCGCUGCUGAAGAAGAAUGGGCGCUCGGAAAACGGCAAGGGAGAGCCCGCGGACGCUAGCAAGGCCGGCGGCAAACAAAAGCGGGGGCUGCGGGGGCUGUUCAGCGGCAUGCGCUGGCACAGGAAGGACAAGAGGGCCAAGGCGGAGGCCGCGGAGGGGCGCGCGCCCGGGGGCGGCCUGAUCCUGCCCGGCUCGCUCACCGCCAGCCUGGAGUGCGUCAAGGAGGAGACGCCCAGAGCCGCGCGCGAGCCGGAGGAGCCCAGCCAGGACACCCCGCGAGACCCAGCAGGUGAGCCCGCAGGGGGAGAGGAGGUGCCCGCCCCCGCCGACCGCGCCCCAGCGCGGAGCUGCGGAGAGGCCGAGGGCCCCUCGCGCCCCAGCGACACCGGCGCCCGGGGAGAGGACGCCGCGGGGCAUCGGCGCGCCGAGAAGCCCCGGGCACCCCCCGAGCCGGGGCCCGGGGAGGUCCGCACGGCCGAGGACGCUUCCAGGACUGGGGCCGUUCCCGUAAAGACGGUCCCCCUUGUCGACUCCGAAGGCGGCAGCGGCCGGGCGUCCGCCGCCCCGGACCCUGCCUCGGUCGAUCCACCCUCAGACCCGUCGGCAGAUCGUAUUUGUUUGAUGUUUUCUGACGUGACUUCACUGAAAAGCUUUGACUCUCUUACAGGCUGUGGAGAUAUUAUUGCAGACCAAGAGGAAGAGGCAGGUCCCAGCUGUGACAAGCAUGUCCCCGGGCCAGGCAAGCCGGCUCUCUCUAAAAAGAACCCCGGCGUGGUGGCCUACCAAGGAGGCGGGGAGGAGAUGGCCAGCCCGGACGAGGUGGACGACACCUAUCUGCAGGAGUUCUGGGACAUGCUGUCACAGACCGAGGAGCAGGGACCCGGGCCCCAGGAGGGCGCGGCCAACGCGGCAGCUGCACUGGAAACCAAGGUGGUGCCUGAGACCCCCAAAGACACCAGGUGUGUGGAAACGGCCAAGGACGCGUCCUCGGUCAAGUGCAGGAGGCUCAACCGUAUUCCCAUUGAGCCCCAUCCGAAGGAGAAGCCCAAGCACCCGGAGAAGGAACAGCAGGAGGGCGUCCCCAACAGCGACGAGGGCUACUGGGACUCCACCACGCCAGGCCCAGAGGAAGACAGCUCGAGCAGCGGGAAGAAGGCGGCCAUCCCCCGGGAUAGCUACAGCGGGGACGCGCUCUACGAUCUCUAUGCUGACCCCGACGGAAGCCCAGCAACCCUUCCUGGAGGGAAGGACAGCGAGGAGACGUCCUGCUUGUCCCGGUUAAAGCCCGUGUCUCCAGGCACCAUCACCUGUCCACUGCGAACACCAGGCAGCUUGCUAAAGGACUCUAAGAUCCCUAUUAGCAUCAAGCACCUGGCCAACCUUCCAUCUAGCCAUCCCGUGGUGCACCAGCAACCCUCCAGGAGUGAGAUGCCCAGAACAAAAAUCCCGGUUUCUAAAGUGCUGGUCCGCAGAGUCAGCAACCGGGGCUUGGCUGGGACCACCAUCAGGGCAGCGGCCUGCCACGACAGUGCCAAAAAGUUGUGAGGUCUUCCAGGCCACGGUGGACGGGCCACAUGUCAAGGAAUACAAUUUUGCCCUGGAAACCACUCAAGUAAGUUUUGCUUUUCCUAAAGAAAGUCUUUUAGAAACCCCCUGCUCCAGAGCGUGGACCGAGGAGGUCUUUGUGCCCUGAGCAGGGUCCGGAUAACACCAGAAAGAGGGAUGCUACAUUUGGGAUUCUCCUCUCAAGAUAACUCCAUGAGAAUUAUUUUCAAGCACUUUUUUCUUUUUUACCUUUAGGUUUUUCUUCUUUUUUCUUUAAUGCACUGAACACUUGGAAGUCACCUUUACUUGCCUUUGCAGAAAACAGGACUUAGCCAAACCUAAGUAAGAGUCAUGCCUGGAUGUUGGCAUGAGCCAGUGUCCAGAAGCCUGGAGGAACCACUGAAGAACCAGAGGAGAUCUCCUCUUCCAAGACAUGUUUCCUUCUUUCCCUUCUUUCCUCUUUCCUUUCCAGGAAAAAAAAAAAAGACCCUUUGCUAUAUCACUGUGUGGAAAACACCUCCAAAGCUGAAACAGCCAGGUAUUUACCUGACGAGCAGAGGGCACCACUGAUUGGCAGAAAACUUCCUUACCUUCAGUUGCUAGGUAUGCAAAUUGAUAAGUAUCUAACACUAGGAAAAUAAAGGCGAGUUUUGGUUUGA